CGUAUUUUUAUUUUUCGUAUUUUUAGCUGUCGCAAAAGUCGCAAUAUAGAGAAGCAGCAUAUUUAUAUAACUUGCAAUAAGAGUGAAUGCUAAACAAAUUUGAGCAAGAUGCUAGCAAGCGGAGAGGAUCUGAUUGUGAGAAAGAGAACGCGGACAGGACACUGGACACUGGACGGAUCAUACCAACUUCCCUUCCCGCCAAAAUGAUGCCAUCAGUGGCGCUGUUUCUCGGCGAGUAUUGAAGCGAACUAUCAGUGGCGCCGCCCCACCCAGAUUCGCAGACAGGAAAACAACACAAAGUCACAAACAGGCCUCGGCCGUAGUACAAAGUGAAGGUCGUCAGCCGUCAAAGCACCUUUUAUCGACCGGUCUCGUCAGGUCGGCGAACAUCCUCAUGCAUCAGCCGUCCGCCCCGUUCGAAGGGAAAAUGCAGCCACCGAACGCACCCCCGUCGUACCACGAAGCCAUCGGCGGAGGUCCCGGCCCCGGCAACGUCGGCUGGAACGUGCCGCACACUGGAGGCACCACUCAACCGAUCAUGAAUGUGCAGCCGCUGCAUCCGGCGCCGUCCCAUACCGUGCCCGGCGGCGGCGGCCCCAUCGUCCAUCAGAUGCACGUUGUUAACGUGGUGAUGGUGGGCCCGAGUCCGAUCCACACCGCCUGCCCCAACUGCGGCGCCGAGGUCAAGACCAUGACCGUCACGACGCCCAAGUCGAUGGCCCACCUUGGAUGUAUCGCCCUCUGCCUCACUGGAUUCUGGUUCUGCUGCUGCUUGCCGUACUGCUUUGACGCGUGCAAAAAGACGGACCACACCUGCCCCAGCUGCAAAGCCUUGAUCGGCACAUACAACGGCUAGUUGUUCUCUGCGAGCGUAUUCAAAACAAGAUUUAUUGUGAUUUGAGGCACCAUAAUUUCACAUUCAAAUCUAAUCGUUCCCUCACCUUGGCCACUGAUAAGUUUACAUACGUAUACCAAAUAAUAUUGCCAAAGUCAUCUAGCCUUCUGCAAGAUUUUUCACCUGAUCCGUGUCAUAUUUUCCGAUUGUCGAUUACUCUUUGAGCUGUGCGCAGCGUCACAAACCUUCCUUUGAUAUUACCCCGCUCACCCGCUGAGAGAGAUCUAUACCGAUGCAAAACCACGCUUAAAGAAACUGGCAUAUUAUUAACUUUUUGUGUGGUCUAAAGUUGAUAUUUACACUAGACCUGAUUAAUUAUUCUUAACGAUUAAGUUGUAGAUGUGUAUGCUGCCUCUAUAAUGCUAAUUCGCAAACAAGUUAACAUUUGAACAGCAGAUCAUUUUUAAUAUUAAAUUAUGUUCCACUAAAAAAUUAGUGUUACCAGUAUUAAGUCAUGGAUUGAAGUGACGUAAUUAUGGCAACAAAUAGGGACUGAGUUGCUCUAAUGCUCUGAAGAACCUUAAAGAUUUUCAUUUGUAGAUUCAUGAAUUUUCUUAUUAACGUGGCAUUUAGCUGACAGAAUGUUCAUUUGAAACCUAUUAUUCUUUUUCUUAUUGACCUCGGUUGUGUAUUGUUACUGCCGAUGACUGUUUUCGCAAAUCGCAUGGUAUAAUCAACACUAACAUGCUACAAAUUUUUUGUAUCAUAUAUAUACUGUUUAAAAUACUAUAUGUGUGCUAAUUAAAAUUUCCUAGAUAGUUACUUUUUAGAUGUAAGAUGAAGCAAAAUGUUGUUCAGUGGCAGGACUCUGUUCGGGAUAUUAAAUAAAAAAGUGUGAAUCUAAA